AUGUCCAACCUCGGAGCAGCUUCAACUUCCGCUUCCGGGCUGGGAAUCUCAAUGGGAUCGGCCCCGUCACAGUCUCAGUCUCAGUCCCAGUCUCCGGAUCCGAAUCAACAUCACAAACUGAGUCCGCCUGAGACACCGCAUUCCUUUCACAACUUGAUGGGCGGCGACUCCUCUCGUCAUACUCCUGCUCAAGGCUCUUUUAGUCCGCGCACCGCCGACUCUCAAGGAACCCCAGAGCCAUAUUCCGAGAUUUGGGCCCCGUCGAUGCCUCACUCCAGAGGGAUCUCGCAGACAGAUAUCGGUACUACUGAAAAGGCUAAGCAGGCCUCAACAACUCAGGAGAGAGAGAUUAUGCCUUCAUCCUCGUCUGGACAGAAGCUCCCAAAGAUUGUCGAGCCUAGAAGGGACGAGAUGGAUGAUGAAUUUGACGAUGAGAUCUUUUAUAAGAAAUUUGCUGAGCCUCCCAAGGGUUGCUCAUCAAAUCGAGAUAUUCACCAGCCUAGAUCAAGCUGGCUUUCUAUCACCAUUUAUGCUCUCUCUAUCUACUCAACGGUCGGAAGUGGUAUCUGGCUAGUAACGGCCAUCCUUCAACCGAGAUGGGGACAUCAGAUCGCAUCAAGCGCUUCACUCUCACCGUCAACCGCCACAACUCUCGCCGCCCUUUUAGCAAAGACGAUCGAAAUGUCCUUUGUCACAGUUUUUGUCUCGUGUCUCGGCCAAGUUCUCACUCGACGAGCUUUCAUCCGAAAGGCGCACGGAAUGUCUCUUGCUGAGAUGACGAUGCGAAACUGGGUCAUUCAGCCUGGAUCUCUAAUUACUCACUUUGAGACUCUUCCUUCAUCAUCACUGACUCUUCUCGGCAUGUUAUCUCUCACUGCUACAAUUGCUGCUGCGUUUUACACUACCGCUUCAGACGCAAUGGUCUCGCCCAAGCUCAAGUCUGGAAACUGGCAACAUAAGGAACUCGAGGGUUAUGUCAAGGCCUCUUAUGCCAACGCCGCAUACGUCCGUCAAGACUGCCCUUAUCUUUUCAACAUCACCGAGGAUAUUCACGCCGCAGAGUCAUGCAUGAACGUGCAGUUUUCUGGACAGUCGUACCGAAACCUACUCAACUACAUGACAGUCUGGACAAACAUCAACCAGAACGGAACCGAGAUCUCUGCAGACCCGAAGAAAAGACCUGGUGGAACUACACUUCUGUUCGACAACACGACCAUGUUCUCCGAGUGGAUCGAGACGGAGCACAGCGAUGUUGCUGCGCAGUUCGAGGAGACGGGACGAAUUAUUAAUAAUGUUACCUUGGCUCUUCCUCACCCUGGAAUCUACGGUGCUGCCACCCUCAAGAAGAACGGCAUCCUUCAGCCCGAUGACCUCGCCGGUGUAGGAGAGUAUACGAUUCGAGCUGGCGUCGUUUCACCUUCCGUCAAUGUUUUGUGUGUCGACGUGGACAAGGAUGAGAUUGCACCUCUCGUCUACACAACAUGGCCUAAUGCCAAAAACAACAAUACGGUUAUUCCUGGCCAGAAGACGGGAUGGAACGGUUGGACGGGUGAAAUACCUCAGCCGAUAGACAGCAAGAAUAAGCCCUAUUACCUCAACCGAACUGACGUUGAUGACAUUUUCAAGUGGGGACCCAAAUAUGAGCGUCGUCCUCCUGUCUUUCAAAUGUACCCCUUCGACUUUAACCUUCUCGCCAACGCGACCGUCUAUGCUGGUGAUGCCAUCUACACACUCGGCAAGAAUGCUAAAAGCAAGAACUAUACCCUCUGUCAGCUUCGGUCCUGGGUCUCUCCCAAUUGCUCUACAGAGUUUAGUAUUUCCGGUACAGCUGGUGCUCACAUGAACGCUCACUGUGAAGAUGACCAAGAUGAGAACGCCUAUCGUCGAUCGUUCCCUGCUGAUCAAGGCUGGUCUCUCCCCUCUCUUGACUGGAAGUGGCUCGCCGAUCAAUGGCGACUGUCCAUGGACCUUAACGGUGGUUCUGUUAACAACAAUGCCUCCAACGCUCGCAUUCUCACUCAACUCGCCCUCCACAAACCCAAGAUGCCCGCCUCACAUCCCUCUAUGGCCGAGGCCCUCGCCGUCUACUCCAGCUCGCUCAUUAUGAUCAGCGCUAUCGACACGCCCUUCCGCCACUACUGGGACCAGGACCCCAAAGAGUUCCCUGACAACCACAUCACUGAAGGGCCGGGAUUCCUCCAAGCUUUCAACGCGUCGCUCAUCACGCAGGAGUACACGUCGGGCCACACACAGGGCUGGCAGAACAUCUUUUACGUGAUCCUGGUUCUUGUAUUUGCCAUCAAUCUCUUCUGCCUCGGCUACUUCAUCAUGCGAUCCGGUCUGGUUACCGACUUUACAGAACCACAGAACUUGUUCUCGCUGGCGAUUAACAGUCCGCCCAGCAACAACUUCCACGGCAGCUGUGGAGGCGGCCCUGAGAAGAAGCAGCUUGUCGUGCCCUGGAAGGUUGCAUUUGCGCCUAGUGCGAAUCAUUACUUCUUCCAGGAUGAGUCGGGUGAGAAGGAAGUUGCUACCGAGGCGACGAGUACGGCGAGAGAGUAUGGGAAGCCACUGCAGAGUAGUUACAAGAGGCUUAGUAUGAGUAGGACUUGGCUGUAA